ACUAUAAUUGAUGAUUCUCAGAGGUCUUUUCUGUAAAAUAAAUAAGGGUUGUGUAUGGUUUUUGUAUGUUGCUCCCCAGAUUUCUACACAAUAAGUCAAGUAUGGAACAAUCAGUGAAUUGUACAAUGCCAACAAACCAGAAUUAGUCAGUAAAAAUGUGACUCUAUGUAAUUCUCCUAAAGAUUUGGCAAUUUUACCUUUUAUGUAACUAAUAUGGGAUUUCCAUGACAAGUCUUCAUCAAUAAGAACUCCAAGAAAUGUAGUUUCUUUUACUCUUUGAAUUGCAAUCCCAUCUAAUUUUAAUCAGCCUGGAAGUUAUGUUUUUAUUUUGAUCAAGACUUUUCUGUUUAUUGAAAAGCUAAAGCAAAUUCCUUUUAUUUUAUGUAUUUUUGGACAUGGCAACAAUGAAAAACUUGUUUUCACUUGGAUUUUGUUCAGUUCCCUUUAAAAAUCUUCAGGUUUUGCUAUUACUUAGCUUUGUCGUGUCUUGAAAUUCAAUCAGUAUGUUAUGUACAGAUUAAAAAUAAAAUGUAGAAAUAUAAGUGUAACAUUAUUUAACUAAAACAACUGGCAGAGCCAGAUUUUGCAAGUAUCCCACCACUUUCUGCUGUAAUACAUGGAUGAGUCUUACCGCCCAUCGCUAAUUGCAACAGGUGUGCAGCUGAUUGCUCCAGAGAGGAAACCUGCAGGUGCUGCUUUCUAAUGAAGCUCCAUAGGUUUGCCCAUGCUUUUGCUUUUUAUUUCUCGGACUUCAACAAAAUUAUUAUCUAUUCUUUUUGUGAAUUAUGAUUUACUCACACUUUCAAAGCUGUGGAGAACAAUGAUCACAACCGUUAACCACUCAGCCUUGGUUGACUCCAACCAGUCAAAUGUUGACUAUCAGAGACUGCAGGAGUUGAGCCACCACUCCAUCAAAGUAAGCAUCAUCAUUGUUCUGGGAGUGAUGAUCACUUUGGGAAAUAUUGCAGUUCUCCUGGUCAUCUCUUCCUCCGUGGCUGGAUGGUCAAGAAACUCCAGGUACUUUUUGCUCUCUCUCACUGUUGCAGACUCUGCGUUUGGACUACUGGUCAUGCCUUUGAACCUGUGGGUGAGUCUAUUAAAGGACUACACUGAGGGCCCAGAUGCUCUUUGCCACGUUGUGGCUUUUUGCAAUGCCACCAUCUACUCCACCUGCAUGUACACGCUGGCCACAAUAAGCCUGGAGAGAUACAUUGCUGUGUUUUACCCGCUCCAGUAUUCAACUCUGAUGACUAGAAAAAGGACGCUGCUCCUGAUUGCCUUCGCCUGGUGCUUCCCGCUCUUUUUACUGUCACCCAUCACAUUUCCAGAUGGCAUAAUUGAAGUUCACUUUUCUACUGCGUCGCUGGUCUGCAAUCCAUCCUAUUCUACAAACAUCAUCUACUCCAUGAGCCUGACUUGUUUAAUAUUUUUCCCUUGCUCCAUCAUCAUGACAUAUGCAAACCUGAGGGUGUGGUGCGCAGCCAAGAGGCAGAGGCUGAAACUGCGCAAAUACGGCUGUGCGCUUCGCAAUAGGCACAAUGUGGCAGCCAGAGUGCUUGUACCCGUCAUGGUGGUUUACUACACCUGUUGGACUCCCUGCAUGGCAGCCAUGAUCUACAAUGCAGUCUCGGGCAACACCGUGCCGGAGUGGGUUGAGUUUGUUGUGGUGUGGCUGCCAACAUCCAACGGUUUCCUCAACUGCAUCUUCUACUUCUGGAUCAACCGAAACUUUCGCAGGAAGUUUCACUUCAUUCUCCAGAGACUGGCCUCAGCCCUAUGCCCUGAAAUUGCCAACACACUCGGGUGGAGCAACUCUCCAGCAUCACAGUUUGUGUCAGGAGUUUGGGAAAACACCAGCGUUCACGAGCGCUCCUCCAGUGUGUCGUCCACCUGCACACUGCUAAGCUUGGCCUGA